UUGAACCUCAUAUGGAACCAACAUUAUUAAUUUUUUUUCUUUACAUUGUCUUAUUCUUUUGUUUAUGUUGGUUUACUUUAGGGUGUUUACACUCCACAAGGUCAAUCUCGACCUCCUUUUGCCAUGGGUCGUAGUAAUUAUGUUGAGGGUCAUGGUCGUGCAAUCUAUAUUUCUCAAUCUCAAUCCCAAUCUUGACCUGAAUCCCAAUCUCAACCUUCUUUUGCCAUGGGUCGUAGUAAUUAUGUUGAGGGUCAUGGUCGUGCAAUCUAUAUUUCUCAAUCCUAAUCUCGACCUGAAUCCCAAUCUCAACCUUCAUUUGCCAUGGGUCGUACAAGUGUUCAUCAUGUCAUGUAUCCUACAUAUGAUGUGAGUUUAAUUGUUUACAUACUUUACAUUGAAAUUGUAGUAUAGAUUCUAUAAAUAUUUUAAUACAUGUAUCACUAUUGCAGGGA